GUGGCCUGUGAAACCAUGCUGAGUGGAUCUGACCUGCUCACCAACCUCAGGAAGACUGCAGGGAUUGUGUACAACUCCACCGAGGUGCUGAGCUGUUUUGACCUGUACAGUUUGUAUUUGGAGUGUGCUGAUCCCACUGGCUGUGGACUGGGCUUCGACAGCCUGGCCUGGGACUAUCAGGCUUGCACAGAAAUUGAUCUGUGCUAUGAGAGCAAUAAUGUGACGGACAUGUUUCCUCCCAUGGGCUUCACUGAGACAGACCGUGUACUUUACUGCUCCAAGCGCUGGGCUGUGGUUCCACGACCAGAGUGGCUCAAAACUCAGUUCUGGGGUGAUGCCCUUUCUACAGCCAGCAACAUUAUUUUCUCCAAUGGAGAUCUGGACCCAUGGGCAAAUGGAGGGGUACGCAAGUCCUUGAGUUCCUCACUAAUAGCUGUCAACAUUUCUGGAGGAGCCCAUCAUCUGGAUCUCAGAGGGUCUAAUGAUGCUGAUCCAGUGUCAGUUAUCAGUGCCAGGAAGAUGGAAGCAGACCUCAUUGCACAGUGGGUGAAGAUGGAGCGGACCAGAUUAAGACAGUCAACUUAAAAGCACGGGAUCUGAGUUUGUCUCAGGACUGAACGUAAAACCAGUUAUUUCUUUCAAAUCAAAUAAGUCCCUUCUAAUACAAUUGUACCAGAAUUCAUCUUCAAGUUGUUGUUGGCCCACAAUACAAUACACAGCAGGAAUGGAGGAUCAGCUUACAUCUGCUGAAUAUUAAAACUGAUCCUGGAUAGUAGUGAUUGUUUAAUGAUUUUCAUUAAACUACAAAUCAUGUUUUGCAUUGUUCAUCACAUUUCAAGAUUCUACAAAGGCAACAGCAUUACAAACAAACAUGCCCACCGCCAUUUUCUCAAGUUUCACUGAUAUAUAUAUAUAUUUUUAUUUUUUUUCAAACUGCUUGUUUUGUCCAACCAGCAGUCCAAACUCAAAUGUAUUCCAUUACAAUCAUGGAAGAUUAUUGAAAAACAGCUUCUAUUUACAGUUGAGGGCGUGGUCCAGAAGCUGGAACCUAUAAAUCUGGACGUGUUAGCUUAGAAAAAUUACAAAUCAUCAUCUUUAAGAAGAUCCAUGAAGUCAAUCCAAAUACAGUACAAUAUUGCUUCUACUGCAGACCUGCUGUGUUUCCUGAGUCAAUCAUCGACACAUGUUCUGUUAAUAAAAUGUUUAAAUUUUUUUGUACAAAACUAAA